CGCCAACGAACUCUCGAAAACAGUAUUCGAACUCACUCUCGAAUACCGAAUUAGAACCCAUAAUUAAUCUCACAUUUUCGACCUUGGGAUUACAAAUCAACACGAAAAUAUCAUCUUGAGCAAUCAGCGACGCGCAUUCGAUAUCGGCGCAUCUCAACCCUCGAGAUAUCAACAAAACCGUCUACAAUUAUAUGGCAGGACUCCCUCGGCCGGCAUCUGUCGUGCCCACGAGAAAAAGCAGUAUGCGACCACCACCAAGGCCUUCGACGACCAGAUCACAUUCAGUUGCGCCACCCUCAUCACGAAUCGAUCGAUCUGGCGCAGCAUCACCAGCAGAGUCUAUGGUCUCGAUAGCCACCACGCAGGGGGGAACGAAACGAAAAGAGCGGGAUUUUGAACAAGAAGAUGAAGAAACCAAUAUCAAUGUCGUGGUACGAUGUAGAGGUCGCAAUGAGCGCGAAGUUCGAGAAAAUAGUGGUGUUGUAUUGUCAACAGAAGGGGUCAAGGCCAAGAGUUUGGAACUCUCAAUGGGCCCCAGCGCUCUCAGCAACAAGACCUAUCACUUCGAUAAAGUUUUCUCUUCAGCAGCGGAUCAGGCCAUGAUUUACGAUGAUGUUGUGACACCCAUCUUGGACGAAAUGAUUGCAGGGUACAACUGCACGAUAUUCGCCUAUGGACAAACAGGUACUGGAAAGACAUACACAAUGUCCGGUGACAUGACUGAGACAUUUGGGAUGCUUUCUGAAGCUGCCGGAAUAAUACCUCGAGUUCUCCAAUCGCUGUUUAAUAAACUGGAGAUUGACGACGCCGAAUCUUCAGUGAAAUGCUCCUUUAUCGAACUCUACAACGAAGAGCUCCGCGACCUGAUUUCCGCCGACGAGACUGCAAAACUGAAAAUUUACGACGAUAACAGCGGCAAGCGGGGUGUGAGCACUGUCGUUCAAGGAAUGGAGGAAUCUCACAUCAAGACUGCCAAUGAAGGACUGAAAUUACUGCAGCAGGGAAGUCACAAGCGACAGGUCGCUGCUACCAAAUGUAACGACUUGAGCAGUCGUAGUCAUACAGUCUUCACGAUUACGGCAUACAUCAAGCGAACAGCAGAAAACGGCGAGGACUAUGUCAGCGCGGGAAAGCUCAAUCUCGUGGAUUUGGCAGGGAGUGAGAACAUUCAACGAAGCGGAGCAGAGAACAAGCGUGCUGCUGAAGCUGGGUUGAUCAACAAGAGUUUGUUGACUCUAGGUCGAGUUAUUAAUGCCCUCGUUGACCGGAGUUCUCACAUUCCGUACCGCGAAUCGAAAUUGACUAGACUACUCCAAGACUCUCUGGGCGGACGUACGAAAACCUGCAUUAUUGCAACUGUUUCUCCCGCGAAGAGCAAUCUUGAAGAGACGAUAUCGACUCUGGACUACGCAUUCCGAGCGAAGAACAUCCGCAACAAGCCUCAGGUCAACCAAAUGAUCAACAAAAAAACUUUACUGAAGGAUUUCACUCUCGAAAUCGAGAGAUUGAAGAGCGAGCUCAUCGCAACUCGACAAAAGAACGGCGUCUACCUCACAAAUGAGAACUUUGAAGAGAUAACAGUUGAGAGCGAAUCGCGGCGUAUCCUCAGUGAAGAACAAGCCGCAAAGAUUGAGACGAUGGAGAUCAACCUUCGAAAUAAAGUGCAGGAAUUGUAUACUUUGACAUCGAGCUUUAUGACCUUGAAGAAGGAUAACGAUGGCACGAAAGCUGUUCUCGAUGAGACGAAGGGUGUGCUUGAGCAAACUGAAUUCGUGCUCGCCAAUACCCGCCAGGCGCUCGCAGAAGAGAAGAUGCUUCGGAAAGCUCACCAGGAGACUGAAGAACAACUCAGCACUGUUGGUACUGAGCUGAUGUCCACUUUAAGCAAGACGGUCAAUGAUGUUGGAGGGCUGCAUGAGAAGAACAGGAGGAAGUCAGAUCUUCACAUGCUGAACCGAAAUACUUGGGGUCUUUCACAAGCUCAAGUGUCAGAGGUUACCAGCAUAGUCGAGAGCCGAGUCGAGGAGUUCCGCAUCCAACAGCAAGAGCUCAUGGGAGCGGUUUCCAGCAGGAUGCAAUCGUUUGUGGCUGGCGAACUGGAGAAGUUGUCUUCCACCCAAGCAUUCCUGGAAGCAAAUGUUUCUGCAUUCGAGGGAUCCGAAAAGGAGGUUUCGGAACAAACAAAGUCUGCCAAGGAGGAGAUGGAUGCUGUUCUGGAAGAAAUAAAGACUCUUCGAGAGGGUGUCAAAGAUCGCGUUGGAGAGGGGCUUCAAGGACUUUCAGCCGCUGCAGAACGUAUCUCAGCAGAGGUGAUCAGUGAGCUUGGUGCUUUCCACACUCAGCUGCACACGUCCUACAGCUCCCUUGGUCGCGACUUUAAGAGUCUGUUUGAGGAUCUUCUGAAGCACAUCGAUGCACAGAAAACCGAGGCAGAUGCACUCCGGCAUCAAUUGAAUACGGCAAGUGAGCUUGCAAUGCAAGCCAAUGCCGCCGCCUCUACGAAACUUGAGGAUAUCCUCCGAGAGGAGAAAGAGCAAGCGGCUGCCGACCGUCAGACUCUGCUUUGCCAAAUCACGAGCCUGGUCAUGGCCCAGGGUGAGACCCAAGAUGCACGACUGACCGCAAAGAUUGGAGAGGUCCAGAAGGAUGUUCUGUCUUCGAAGGAAUCAUUUGAGGCAUCUCGAGUACAAUAUGGCCAAGGAAUGGACGCCUGGAACGACAAAGAAGGCAAGCUUGUCGAGGAAGUCCUCCGGUCACGGGAGACCUUGAAGAGCAAAUUGAAGGAAGACUGGGUGGCUGCAAACAAGCACAACGCAUCCCUCCAACAGGCUACUAAAUCCGUCCACGCCGAAACAGUCCGUAUUGUGGACGAGCAGAUGAAGGACAUAGAAUCGCAAAUGCGCGCUCUGGAUGAUUUCGUCACACGUGCCCGCUCGCAGAACGCCCAACACCACGACAGCCACGCUCAGUCUUUGCAAAGCCUCUCGGGCACAGUCAAGUCGUCGUACUCGAACAUUGGCUCACACUUCACAUCCACACACGAACGAGUGCGUGCCCUGGGAGAUGAGAUGUCAACCAAGACGGCCACGCUACAAGACAGCCUCGAGCCGCUGGACUCAGUCCUCCGGAAACCACUGAGCACGUUGCGCGAAAACAUUACAAGCACGCAACUCCAAGAUUACCAACCGACAGGCGAGACGCCCCAAAAGGUCCAAUACUCAUACCCGACCACCCUUCCCCGAACUGAAGCCCACGAAACCCUUCUAGCCGUCCUCCGCAGACCCUCAAGCUCCAGCUCAGGCAUGCGAAGCCCCAGCAAAAGCACCACCUCCACGGUCCCCGUCAUCUUCAAUGACACACCAUCCACCUUGCACUCCCAGUUGCGAGAAUUCUCCGCUUCCGUCCCAGCCGGCUCAUCCCGUCCUCGCGAGCACGACCAAAGACCAACCACAAGCGGCUCCACAGGACUGCGAGAGAUGGAUAUCAACGUCACUUCCGUCCCUGCACCAAGCGCGAGUUCAAAUGAGGAACAAGUCACCUCGAUCCCGAGCUUCAAGAGAAGUGUUACUGCGAAUAGAGGCAAUCUUCCCGUGUUGAAGAGUGGUAAAAAGAGUGUUGUUCCGGCCGAAGGGAGAGAGAAUACGAAUAUCCUUGCGCAGAGUAUGGGGAGGCGGAGGAGUCCAAGGACUGGCUAGAUGGACCCUCUUGCUUUGAAAGCAUUGAGAGGGGGGCACUGGACCAGAUUGGAUAGAGAGGGAAGGAGAUGAAUGGUUGUAUGAAAUUACGUUUUGUUGCUUGCUGUUCGGUUCCUUGGAGGCAGUCUCGAGGCGCCCGGUGCCGGGCUUGCGUGCGGGGUUGACACCGGCGUUGAGGCUUUAGUUAACGCCCUGCUUUUCUGGCUGGGGGGUUUUUUUUUUGGAGUUUUCUGUUUUGAUUUUUACGCGGUUUGGUUUGAUUGAAAAGGAUGAAUUAUGAGAGAGAAGCGGUAGAAGAGUACGUGGUAGUGGAGUGACAGUAAUAAAGCUUCCUCUUUUC